ACACGGGCGAUUCCGGGUUGUUGGGCAACGAGCUUCGCAGCUGAGCCUCCCUCCCCGCUCCGCGCACUGCUUGGACCCGUGGCGACUCGUGAGGAGGGCGGCCGCCGCGUUUCUCCUAGCCGGGAGAGACGCUCGGGAACUUCGCAUGGAGCUAUGAGCAGGAAAGGACUCAUCACCGAUUCUUUCCAAGUGGUGAAAAAGAAAGAAGGCAGGAAAGAAAGAAAAGAGACUCAGAGCCCACCGCAGGACUUACCGGUAGUUCAAGCAGAAUCUCACCUACAAGCAGAAUCUCACCCUCAAGCAGAAUCUCACCUACAAGAUACCGCACAACCUGAUCAGUUGGAAAUAUUGAAGCAAUUUGAUCUCAGCCGGCAAUAUGGUCCCUGCACUGGAAUCACCCGUAUGCAGCGCUGGGAACGAGCCAAAUUCUUAGGACUCAAUCCCCCUACAACAGUGCAGGAUUUGCUUCUGAAGUAUAAUGAGGAUCCUUUUGUUAUAUAUAGCUUGUGGCAUGAAUAUGACCUCUGAAAAGAGCAACUUUGCUACCUGAGGCUGAGAAAGAGCUCCUGCCAUUAUGUCACCAUAAUCAUGUGGAUGUUUCCACCAUUCCUGGAGAGAACGCUGCUUUGCAGUGGUGGUAAGGUUCUUAUAGGGGUGAGAAGGCCUUCUAGUUGAUCUCCACUUGGGACUUUGGGCUCAGCAUUUAGAAAUCAUUAAGAACUAGAUCAAGAACUGAUUUAUAGCAAUACAGUAAUCACAGCAUGCCAAAUUCAAUAUGGAAUUGCAAUCUGCUUUGUAUUUUUAAUGUUUCAUUCAAUUUUGAACCUGGUUUGAUUUGGAUAAGUGCUUGUAUACUUGCUGAAAGGCAUAAUUGUCAUCAGCAUUUUGUCUAUGUAUUAAGAGCCACUUUUCUAAAAGAAUUUCAUGCUCUCUUUAGUAAAAUUGCAACCUAAAGUUAUUGGUUCCAUAGUUUUAGAGUGUGGAGGACGUACUCAGUAAACAUAAGCAUAUUCAGUAAGCUAGAGCUACUGAACUAAAGCUGCAGAAAACUGAAGAUUCAGCUGAAUCAGCAUUGCCAAAAUAAAACUAAGAUCUGAUUAUUUGCUCAGAUUUCUUAAUUCUUAUUAUUCUGCUUUUGGUUUAAUGUUGCCUUUUAUCAUAUUGAUUGGUUUAAUUGAUUAUACAUAUUGUGAUAUGUAUAUGUAUAGCAAACUUUAAAAAAUAAUAAAAUGCAUUUUCUUGUACAAUU